AUGGCCCACCCUGGACCAGAUGCAGGCGUUGUCGCCGGCGUCCCAGCCAGCUUCGCGACCUUGGUAACCAUGUGCGCCUUUCUCGCCAUCGCAUUCUACAACAUGCUCGAACUCAUCGUCAUCAUCUUAACCACCUUCAAGUCCCGCUCCGGACUCUACUUCUGGAGUUUCGUUGCCGCCACCUUUGGAAUCGCUCCCUACGGGGUCGGCUUUACUCUCAGAUAUUUCGGCGUCAUGACCAUAAAGGGAAUCCCGGUCGUUAUGAUCGCUGGUGGCUUGAUCUGCUUCAUCACAGGACAGUCACUCGUUCUGUACUCGCGCCUCCAUCUCAUCGUUCGCAACACGCGGGUCCUUCACGGGGUCCUAAUCAUGAUCAUCUUCAACACCAUCGUCUUCCACGGCUCCACAUUGAUCCUGGCCUUCGGCAUAAACUGUGGAGACACUAAGCGCUUUCUGCCCUACUUCCUCAUUUUCGAUAACAUACAGCUUGCCGUCUCCUUCGUUCAAGAGUUCAUCAUCUCGAGCAUCUACAUCUACAGCGCAGUCCGGCUUCUCGCUCCCGCCGGCGAGCCUAUCUCCAAACCCCUCAGAAAUCUCUUCAUCCAUCUCAUUGUCGUCAACAUUUUCGUGCUCGUGCUGGACUGCCUGAUCCUCGGACUCGGCUACUCGGGAAACUUCCAGAUCCAGACCACGUUCAAGGCGGCUGUGUAUAGCGUCAAGUUGAAAGUUGAGUUCUCGGUACUCAAUCGCCUGGUGGGAAUUGUGAAGAAUAAGAAUUUGACGGGAGGAGAGCUCUCCCCUGGGUCGGGGACGGGUUGGCGAUUAAAGUCUGAGCAAGAAAGUGGUAACUCGAAGGUGUUGGCAAGUGUAGGGAGUGGGUCCACAGAUGUUACACAUGGAGAGCCGUUUGGGGUGGAUACUAUAAGUAAUUUACCGAAGGAGAACGAGUUGCCGAGAGUAGCAGCUAGAGAAACUAAUAAUAAGGACCAAUCAGAUAUGGUAUAG